CGUGGUGUAAAGUAAAAUAAAAAGUGAAAAAUGACUGGCAAAGGCUUGGGUAAAGGUGGCGACAACCGUCAUCGCAAAGUGUUGCGUGAUAAUAUUCAGGGCAUCACGAAACCAGCUAUCCGCCGUUCAGCCCGUCGUGGUGGCGUAAAUCGUAUUUCUGGUCUUAUUUAUGAGGAAACUCGGGGUGUUCUAAAGGUAUUCUUGGAAAACGUUAUUCGUGACGGGGUCACAUACACCGAACACGCCAAGAGAAAGACGGUCACAGCCAAGGAUGUAGUUUAUGCGCUGAAAAGACAAGGUCGUACCCUAUACGGCUUUGGCGGCUAAAAAAUAUACACUCAUAUGGGCAAAGACAUGAUUUAUAUAUCACACCAAUCGGUCCUUUUCAGG